AAAGUUUGCCCCAAUUGUCUUCCAUCCCUUCGGCUUCAGUCUGUCGUUGAAUGGGCUAAUUUGGAUCGGGUGCCGUCGAAUUAGGGCUCGUCGGAUCUCGAUCGAGUGUUGCUUCCCUCCGCGGGCAUCGACCAUGCCUUCGGUGCUUGGAGGGCUUCUCCAUCGCCGCGCCGCCAUGAUCCCAUCGGCUACUUCGUUCAACGGUGGUUCCUGCUCUCAUCGCCUUAAACAGCUCGAGAAGUGGAGUCGUCGCGGUAAUUUGAGUCAAUAGUAGGGUCCGAGUGCGACGUCGCGGUCGAUUAAGGGUCAUUGUUCUCUGCUUUCCUGGCUCUCUUCGUUUUCGGUGUCUUCCUUUUGCUUGAUUUGGAAGGGUUUUCUUUCAUAUCUUGGAUCGUUUCCUAUACUGGUUGUCGGCGACGAAUCCUGACUUGGAGGAGCGUUUGACCGGGUCUGGAUUCUUAACUUGGCUGAGCUUUUGAUACAAUAGCAGCUGGAUGGACAGUGUCUGUAAUGCUGAUACACCUCUUGGAGAUACUAGUUGUGGCUUAUAUGUCUAUGGCCUUAGCCACGGGAAAUCAAAUGUAGAAAACAAAGUGUGUGUUUGCUGGAAUAAAGAAGAAACUGAUAGGCUUACAUUGCAGGGGACCCCGAGUGAUCCUUUUAUUAGCGAAAAUGAUGUGUUAACAGUUCAAGAGGCUGAUGUUGCUCCUUCUUUGGUUCUGCCUGUUGGUGAUCUUCAAGCACAGUUAUCUGAUAAUGCAACCUCAGAUGAGAAAGUACUCGAAGCAAAGCAUCUUGAGAGUUACCAAGAGUUACAUCAUUUUGCUUCGUCGGAUGUGAAGAAACAGAAAGCCUUGACUAAAUCUGCAACAUUUCCUUCCUCAGUGGAGGUGGACCCUGUUGAUCUCUCUAUAGAUGGUGGUUGUGGGAUGCCGUGCAGUGCUUUUCAACAAGAGUGUUCUUCUGCACCUAAUAAUCCUACAUAUGCACGUUCAGUUUCUCUCCCUGCUCCUUCAAAACUCAUUUCUGCCGUAAAGGGAAGCCGUGCGAAGAAUGGAUCACCUUCGAAUGUGCAGUUACGUGUAAAAUGGGCCCCCGAGGUUUAUGAUCCACCGUGCACCACAGUGUCGCACACUGUAAAGAAGAGCCAUCACCAACGCCCCCGAGCAAAGAAAAAAGAUGGCAAUAAACACAAGCACAAGGGCAAAUCGGCACGGGGAAGCAAUACCGAGAGGAGGAGUACAAACAGGAGCAGCGCAGGCAAUAUGGCUGAAUCUGUGGAUAUGAGGUCACAAAGCACUGGGGAUAUGUCCCCGCCGAAUGGAUAUGACAAUUCCAGCAUGGAAGUCUUGAAGUAUGCAGUCAGUAAGCAAGAUUCCAAGUGCGGGAACACCUUCUUGAGGGAGGCGCUUACUAAAGUGCAUAUAUCUAUGGCGGAGGCUACAUGAGAGGCCUUCGCCACCGUAAUGUUUCGCACAAGAUAUUGCUGAUGAUUGUAGAUAAAUAAGCAUGUCAAGUGCAAGCAUGCAUCGGUUGGUUUCCAUUUUCUCUUUGCCUGUGGUUGUCGUUGGUUGCAUCUCCUGUUGUCGUGGGUUGAACACGAGAAUGCCACGGUGAUUUCGAGUUCCAGGAACUAAGAACCGAGGCCUUUAUGUUGUUGUUUGGUCAUGGACCAUGUUUUGGAGACCUUAAUGUCUCACCAAUUUGCGGUUUGCUUGGAACAA